AUGGAUACUCCACUGGGGCAAGCGCUUGCCUCCUGUUCCACGUCGGCACAGUGGUCUACCCUUGAUGCCGUUCUGCGCAAGGUCAAUGCCAAAUGCGGGGCCAAUGCUGUGAAUGCCCGAGACUUCGACCAGUUUCUCCUGUCUGUUGGAAGCGAGCAGCUGCGGCUGCAUGGCGUGUGGCGCCACAGCUUCGGACCGAAGUACAAGCCACUGCUCAUCGUGAACCCGGCCUACGCGCGGACGGUGGCCCGCGACCCUGAGGCGGCCUGCUCUUGCCCGGGUGGACAGGGCCAGACCUCUACAGAGAGGUUCAAUUCCCAAGCCUACAAUGCGGGCCGACACUCGCAUGAGGCCAGCGGCCACAUCGCCUCUUGCGCACAGAUGCUCGGCCGCACCUGGAACAGUGCUGGAACUUUUGAGUGCAGCAUUUGA